CAGUAAACACAUUUACGUAAAUGUGACGUCAGAGUGACGUUAUAGUCUAAGAGCCGGACCUACUUCGACCUUCACCAAUCCUGCAACCUAAUGAGAUAUAUUUUUUAAAACGCAUAAAUAAUAGUUCAAUACGUCUAUAAUAGCUUGUCUAUCAAAAUUCUGACCAGGCUAUUUUUAAAUAAAUUAAUAAAAAUUAAAUUUUUUUUAAUUUUUUGCCGUUCUUGCAACCUGCCAAAUUGUACUCUGACCGACAGCAAAUAAUGCAUAGAAUAUGCCGCGGUAGCCUUGCCUAUCCAUUUCUUGACCAAACUACCUGUCAAGCGGGUAUAAACAGGUAAGUCAAUAUAAAAAACUCCACCUAUGAACCGCUUGAAUUUUAUACCAAAAUGUAGUUAAUUUUAAAACAAACACGAUGGUAUAGGAUUGCCUACGAACAACCGGUCAGUAAUAUCCAUUGUCAAGCUUUGAAGUUUACAAAUCGGAGCAAACAGUAGUGCGCGAGAGAGAAAGUCGAGCGGCAAAAGUCCGUGCGUUAGAAGAAGACAUACAUAGCAUGACAGAUGUGCACGCUACAUCUCCCAGCUGUAGGCUACUGCGCAUGCUCUGUCCCAUACUUGUUAUUAUUACUCGGAAUUAUUUUAAAGCAACAACGUUGACCACGUGUAUCGCGUUCUUAAUUAAAUAAUAAAUAAUGAGUAAAAAGUGUUUUUUGUGCGAUUCAAAAAAAUCUAUAAUAGAUUUUGAAGAUGAAAUCUUCAUAAACUGUUUAUUAGAGUUGGCGUUUCGGAAAGAGCGAGGCUUUAAAUAUGGAAAUAUUCAACUAAGUAAAGACUCACUCGAUUUUUUGGUUAUCACUCCACGUGCUACUCAAAAGUUACUGUCUUAAAAAAUAAAUAUAAAGAAGAUUUUGAAAAAUUUGUCAUCGAUCAUGAUAUGCUUCUAAGUGUUUCAACAAUUGAUAAGCAGCAAAAAGGUCUGGAUUCAAGUGCACAUUCUAGUUCAAAAGCUCCAGAAGAUGUUGAGGAUGAUACAGAAGAGAUUUCAAUGCUUGAGGAUUCCGACGUGGUACCGUCAACAUCAGCACCACCAACAUCUGAUGCUCAAGUCACUUGUUUAUUCUGUAACUGUAAACAGAAGAGAUCAGGAAAGCGGUUGAUCAAUUUAACAAUAAACCCGAGUGAUGAGUCCUUGAAAAAAAUAAAAGAUGAGGCAAUUAGCCUCGAUGAUCAUGAGAUUUCUUCGAAACUUGAAAAUAAGCAUAUUGUUUACCAUAAGCCUUGUUAUGCUACUUUCCUGAGAAACAAACAGCAAAACUUAGAAGAAAAUCAGGCUUCUAGUUGGCACACCUAUCGAAACAUUCAUAAGCAAGCUUUAGACUCUUUAAUUAAUUUUAUUUCAAGAGAAAUAAUUGAUAAUAAUCGAGUCAUGUAUUUUUCUCAAUUAUUUAUAAGAUACCAGGCUUUACUAUUAGAAUUUGGGAAAGAUACGCUAGACAUGGCUGACAUUCAGGAUUAUCGAACCGAAAUGUUAGAACGAAAAUUAUUGACUAAACUUGGUGACAAGAUUACGAUUGAAGUAUCUACCGGACCGCGCCAUCAGAAAAUCGUUUAUAAAACUGACAUCGAUGUAUCAGUGAUGGCAAACAACACAAAAUUUUUAGAAUCAGAAAAUGAAAAGAAAUUCGAUGAUGUCUCUUUUCAUUUAAGAAACUGCAUCAAAAAACUUGAUCACAAACCGCUACCCAAACGUUUAAGAGUAGAAGACGUCAUACGAGGGGAAUGUGAAAUUCCAAAAUUAUUAUUCGACUUCAUGUGUAAUUUAAUCAAAGGACCUCAUUUUUCCAGUGAAGACUUGAACCUAAUGACAACACAAAUAACUUCAAUAUGCAGUGAUAUCAUUUAUUCUGUCAGUAAGGGGAUGUAUAAGCCAGCAAAAAACUUAUUGUGACUUAUGAUUUGGCUAUUGCCCAAAUGGCAAUGCAAAUUCAGGAACAAGAUAAACCAAAAUUCGAUCACAUUUUCGUAAAUUUGGGCGCGUUCCAUAUGCAAAUGGCUUUUUUUAAAGCGAUCGGUAAAUACAUAGAUUCUUGCGGACUGGUCGAUGUUUUAGUCCAAUCAGAAGUUUUAGCUGGUGGUUCUGCCAACAGUUUUUUAGAUAGUAAACAUUUUAAUAGAUGCAAGCGUUUGCAUCCAUUAACCGCUUCUGCAUUGCAAACACUACACUUUGAGCAAUAUUUAUCUACAACUAAUAUAUCCCUUGAAAUGUUGGAUGAUUUAUUAAAAACACUAGAAGAAAAUACAUUAUGUAAUGAAAGUACAUCGAAUGUUCAUGAUGCCAUUGAACUGCCUGACGUAUUGAAUCGAGUUGUUAAUGGGUAUAAAGAAUUUUGUAAACAAAUUUUAACUGGUGAGAAAAGCAAAACAGCACAAUAUUACUAUCACUAUUGUGAAUUGAUCAAUUUAUUCCUUCGUUUCUCAAGGAGUAUACGCACCAGCAAUUUAGAGUUAUACAUCGACUCGAUUUUUAAUAUAUGUGACUUUUUUUUGCGCUAAUUCAACCUAACUAUUCAAGAUGGAGUUUAUUAUAUUUGAGUAAUAUCCUCAGAUUGCAGUCCGAUAAUUCGCCUUUGGUUGCGGAAUUUCGUCGUGGUGCGUUUGGAAUUCGACGAACUGCUGCUGAUUUUUCUAGGUCACCCGUUGAUUUGACACUAGAGCAGACGAUAAACGCUGACGCCAGUUUCCGGAGUAUCGUUGAAGCUAUUAAUAAUAAUAUGAAUCCGUUUGAUGAAAAUAUUGACAAGAAUGUUUUAUUUAAUAUUGCAACCGGCAAAGCAGCGUCAGGAAAUGUAGCUGAAUUCUUAAUCAAUAUUAAAAAAAGAGGUCAUCAACAAAAAUUGAAUUUCAUUGAGGAGUGCAACUCAGUUCCCGGCAGGUUUGAAAAGCCUAUACCACGAAAUAAAAUUUUAAAUUUUGCUUCCGAUUGUGCCACUAAAGUUCUAGCGAAGAAAGAUACGAGUAAAAAAGUCUUACUAAAGUUGGAAAGAGAUAUUUUUGGGAGAUUAUUAGCAGUUAGCAUUCAGAAAAAAAUCAAUAUUGAAUAUUGUUUAACGUUUCCGCUUGCUCCAAUGCCACCUGAUCUUUUUUCAUGUGAUGGUGGAAUGUUCAAAACAGAUAAGUCAGCGUUAACAAAAUUAUUAAAAUCGGACACUCAAAUAAUUCAGCCAACACAGAUAAACGUCCAAAUAAUAGAUGGAUUUUAUUAUCUGUACCAGAUUGGAGCUUCGCUGCCGCAAACUUUCGAUAAAAUAGCGGAGUCUAUACUGAUAAAACUUUGCUCAACAAACGCUGCAGACAUACAUUUGGUCUUUGAUCGCUACAUUACGCCAUCUAUUAAAGAUUUAGAACGCCAAAGCCGACAAGAGUUUGACAUUACAUUCAAUGUUUCCGGACCGCAGCAAACGAGGCCAUCAGACUUUUUGAAAAGCUUGAAAAAUUUUAGAUUUAAAGAGGCUUUGGUUCACUUUUUGUCUAAUUACUGGGAAAAUGAUAAUUUAGCAACUAUUAUUCAGAAUAAAAAAGUUUUUUUAACGGUUGAGAAGAAUUGUUACUCCUAUCAAACGCAGCACAAUCGAGUCAUUAAAACUGAGGAAAUUGGGUACUUAUGUGAUUAUGAAGAGGCCGAUACGAGAAUGAUUUUUCACGCAUCAAGAGUGACACCGGGGUCAAAAAUUCUAAUAAAAUCUUCUGAUACCGAUGUUUUGAUAAUUUUGCUUGGGAAUAUCGAUAAACUUCAACAAUCAGAGAUUUGGUUGGCUAGUUCAACAAAUAAAAAAAAAAUACUCAAGAUCUUGACUGCAUUAACUGUAAAAAUUUAGCGCAAAAAUUGGGAACUAAAUUAUGUCAAAGCUUACCUGCUUUUCACGCAUUUACUGGCUGCGAUUAUACGGCAGCUGUUUAUCAAAAAGGUAGAGUUAGACCAUUCAAACUAUUGUCAAAAAAUGAAACAUACCAAGAUGUAUUUGCGUCAUUACUUGAAGAAGCUGACAUUUUUCUAAAACAUAAAAUGAAAACAGUUGAGGAGUUUACCUUAAGUAUGUACGGUAUAAAGCAAUGUACUAGCGUCAAUGAUGCCAGAUACCGCAUAUUUGAAAAGAGUUACUCUGUAAAAGAAGAUAACGAACAGUUCUUAAAAAAAGUAAAAAGUUUCAACUCCAACGUUAUACCACCGUGCUGGUCUUCUUUGACCCAAAAAAUUUUGCGGACUAUUUAUAUUAAUUCUAUGUUGCUUCAUGGAACCGAUCCGGACUGUAUUAAAUUACGCCCCGAAAACUGCGGUUGGUUUUUAGAAGAUAAUGUUUUGAAACCUUUUUGGAUUUGUUGGGGACCAGACGCCUUUGAAGAUAGAUGACAUUAUAGAAGUAACAAAUGAUAAAAAUGAAGAAUUAUCAGAGCUCGAAGAUCAUUUUAUAGCUUCAGAUGAUUCAGAUGCUGAAUGAAACGUAUUUGAUUGAGAAUGUAUUUACAGUAUUCAAAUUUCAUUUUUUUACUAAUUUUGUAAUUUAAUUUUUUUUUAAUAAAUAUUUUUACAAAUUACAUAUGUAAUAAACAUUA